UCACAAUUCUGAGGCUGCUGCCUGCCUCGGAGGUUGUAGAAAGCUCUGUAGGGUCUCUCUGUGUGUCCUACAGGGUUCUGUGAGCCAGGUCCCUGCCUGAUGGCUUUUAUGAAAAAAUAUCUCCUCCCCAUUGGGGGACUCUUCUUGGCCUACUUCUUCUAUUCUGCACAUGACGAAUUCAGACCAGAAAUGCUCCAAGGAAAGAAAGUGAUUGUCACAGGGGCCAGCAAGGGGAUUGGAGAGGAGAUAGCCUAUCAGCUGUCGAAGAUGGGAGCCCACGUGGUGGUUACGGCGAGGUCAAAAGAAACUCUACAGAAGGUGGUAUCCCAUUGCCUAGAGCUGGGGGCAGCCUCUGCACACUCCAUUGCUGGCACCAUGGAGGACAUGACCUUCGCAGAACAAUUCGUUGUCCAAGCAGGAAAGCUCAUGGGGGGACUAGACAUGCUCAUUCUCAACCACAUCACCAACACGUCAAUGAGCUUGUUUAAUAAUGACAUCCACCACGUGCGCAAAAGCAUGGAGGUCAACUUCCUCAGUUAUGUGGUCCUGAGUGUAGCCGCCUUGCCCAUGCUGAAGCAGAGCAGUGGAAGCAUUGUUGUGGUCUCCUCACUCGCUGGGAAAAUGGCUAAUCCAUUGAUUGCUCCUUAUUCUGCAAGCAAGUUUGCUCUGGAUGGGUUCUUCUCUUCCAUCAGGACAGAAUAUUCAAUAACCAAAGUUAAUGUGUCAAUCACUCUCUGUUUCCUUGGCCUCAUCAACACAGAAACAGCCAUGAAAGCAAUUUCUGGAAUAUAUGAUGAUGCCUCAGGUCCAGCUCCGAAAGACCAAUGUGCGCUGGAGAUCAUCAAAGGGGGAGCCCUUCGCCAAGAAGAAAUAUAUUAUGGAAAUAUUCCCUGGGUUGCUUUUCUUCUGAGAAACCCGGGAAGAAAGUUCAUGGAAUUUCUAAACUUAAAGAGUUAUAAUAUGGAUAAAUUUAAAACCAACUGAGAACUCCCUUAAGUAUAGGCAAUGUGGGGGAGCCUUUGACUGUUCUGCAUGGUAUUUAUCUGAGCCUCACCCAGGAAGCCAUUUUCCAAAGGGAUACAUUGACUAUCCCUAGAGAUUUGCAAGUCACAGAUCACAUCUCAUGAUUUGAAGGGGUUCUUCUAAUGGCUGCACAGUAGAAAUUUAAUUAUCAUAAAUUUGAUUAUAAUAAAUAUCAAGAGCCAUUGCAGACAGCAGAACUACAGUUACCAAGCAAUUUGUUAGUAACCACCGACAUAAUUCUAAGGUAGUUAUAUAAAAUUUACCUCUUUGUAUAAUAAUAUUAUGAUGAUUAAGACAAUAUUAAUUAGAAUAAAGAUCACAUGAAAAUUUUAAAAAUUA